GGAGUUGAGCAAACUAUCCCAUGUGUAAGGUACCACUUAGAUCCUCUGUCAACGUUGCUGAUGUUAGCAACAAGAUGUUAAAUUGUAAAUGAGAGGCAUAAACCACUGAGACAAUUACCCUAGAGAGAGAAACAAGAAGAUAAAUCAUAGAUUACUGUUAAAAUGUGAAAGAGAGAAGGACUGGAAGGGAGGCGGGAACAGGAAAAACAGAAAAAGGCAAAGGGUGAGAAUCACACUCACGCACAAGGAGACACCCGGAGAGAGAGGCGAAAGAGAGAAAAUGAGCCAUGCACUUAUCGAGCAGCAGGAAGAAAAGCUUCAAACAGCUGAUUUUUUCACUGCUUUCAAUCCCUGCCUGUCGUUUUGCUAGCACGCCAGAGGCUACUAUCUGUGCGUUAUCUUUAAGGAUGUGGAGCAAAGGAGAGUCAGAAGGGCUGCAGACUUUAGGAAUUGUGGUGGUGGUGUGCUCCUCCCUGAAACUUUUGCACUACCUUGGGCUAAUUGACUUGUCAGAUGAUAAAAUCGAAGAUGAGUUAGAAAUGACCACAGUAUGCUAUCGGCCUGAAGGACUGGAACAACUUCAGGCACAAACCAAUUUCACUAAGAGAGAACUUCAAGUGCUUUACCGAGGAUUCAAAAAUGAAUGUCCCAGUGGAGCUGUUAAUGAAGAGACAUUCAAACAGAUCUAUGCACAGUUUUUUCCACAUGGGGAUGCUAGUAUGUAUGCUCAUUAUCUCUUUAACGCUUUUGACACAGCACAGAAUGGAUCUGUGAAGUUUGAGGAAUUUGUGACAGCACUCUCCACUCUGUUGAGAGGAACAGUUCACGAAAAGCUACAGUGGACGUUUAAUCUGUAUGACAUCAAUAAAGAUGGCUAUAUAAACAAGCAGGAAAUGAUGGAUAUAGUAAAGGCAAUUUAUGACAUGAUGGGCAAAUACACCUACCCAGUGCUGAAAGAAGAUGCUCCAAGGCAGCAUGUAGAAGUAUUCUUUCAGAAAAUGGAUAAAAACAAAGAUGGUGUUGUAACUUUGGAUGAGUUUAUUGAGUCAUGUCAGGAGGAUGACAAUAUCAUGAGAUCCUUACAGCUGUUUGAAAAUGUCAUGUAACCGCAGGAAGAACAGCGUAGGAAUCUGAGACUUUGUAUGUAACGAGAACCUGAAGAAAAUGAGUCAAGAUUUUUUUCCUCCCUGCCACCUUUCUUGAUGAAAGCUUUUUACUACUUGGACAUGCUCAGCGUGCAAGGAUUUUGUAUGCCAUCGCAAACUGAGCUGUGUCUCUGAAUGCAACAAACUCCAUCUCGCCUCCCUCGAGAGACACUGACUUAGAAUUUAUUUCAUUUAGAACCAUGCUAAUAAAAAGCUGGCCAGAGAGACCUGCUGCUUAAAGUUUAAUCCGUUCUUGAAGUUUAAAUGAUUAAAACAAUAUUCAGUGUUCUGUUUGCUAAUCACAAAACUUUCAGCUGCUUGUGCUAUAGCAAACUGGAUU